UGUGUGCGGGAGAAGCACGGAGAAUAAAGUCCCGAAGAAGGCAGACUCAGUGAAUGAGCGUUCGGGAAGCUGCGCUGCCCCGGGAAAAGAACCAGCGUUUCAAAACAAAAGGACUGCUUCUUCGCUUGCGCCUGCGAAAUCCCCGCAGUUUCACGUCCCGUGUGCUUUUCAGAUGGUACCAUGGCUGAGGGAAGCUGCUUUGGAGCGUUGUAGCUGUUUGGGAUGACCAGAGCUGAACCUUGCCUCAAAGAGGAAGAGGGGAAAGCCAAAAGGAAAGAAUCGUGAGAGGAGGGAAAACAUCAGCUCAUAGAGGAUAAGAUCUGUAGCCCAUCUGGAUCUGAAUAGGGAACCUAACGGACCUUUGUCUUUGUAAGGAAAGGAAUUUAAACUCCCCAAUAUCAGAGCUCUGUCACUUGGAAGAGCUUUAACAGGCUUCGAGUUUUUUUUUUUUUUGUUUUUUGUUUUUGUUACCGUUUCAGAAAGAGUUAACACCAUGUGUCAUGUCAUUGUAACAUGCCGCUCCAUGCUCUGGACACUGCUCAGUAUUGUAGUGGCCUUUGCUGAGCUCAUCGCUUUUAUGAGCACUAAUUGGUUGCUAGGAGUCCCUCGGUCAGACUCCAGCGAGAGCGGGGCAGGAGUAGACUCUGGGGAGUACCGGCCGUCUCUCGGUCUCUACAACCGCUGCCUUCGUGUCGGGACUCGGGGGGUAGGGGUGAGCUGCGGGCCCUACGCUGGGACAUUUGAAGAAGUGGCCAGUGGCUUCUGGAAGGCUGCCAUGUUGUUUCUGGCAGCAGGGACAUUAGUGCUUGGGUGCGUGGCCUGUAUCUCUAUCUUCAGCCUGUGUUUUCAAAGCAUCCUGAGGAAGAGCAUAUUCAACAUCUGUGGACUGCUCCAGGCUAUCGCAGGCCUGUUGCUGAUGGUUGGCCUCAUGCUGUACCCUGCUGGUUGGGGCUCAGAGAAGGUGAUCGGCUACUGCGGCCUCGAGGCCUCGCCCUUUAGGCCAGCUCUGUGUUCACUCGGCUGGGCGUUCUACGCAGCGAUUGGAGGAACGCUGGCAACCUUCCUGUGUGCUGUUUUGUCCGCACAGGCUGAGAUUGCCACCUCCAGCGAUAAGGUUCAGGAGGAGAUUGAGGAGGGGAAGAGUCUGAUAUGCCUGCUCUGAGCCUUCAGAAACCUUGGGAAACCAUCCUUGGUGUAAUUUUUCUCAUUUGAACAGCUGUACUUCUCAGUGGAGGGAGGACAGACAUUUCUCUUGAGUCAUCUUUUUCGUGAUAGCUGGAUAAAAUCAGCUAAUUGUUGAAAAGAUAGAAGGCUUGGUAAUAGAUUUUUAAAUUGUUAGGCAUGGUGUUCUGUUCUGAAACUUGCUGAAGACUACUUGAGGCUAGGAACAGAACCCAUACGCUUAUUCAGUGUUAUUAUUAAAAUCAUUAUUUUUUUUUUACCAAGAUACUGUUUAUUUUUGUAAUAAUUCUUGGCUUAAACAAACCACUGUACUGGAAUAGCAGGAUAUUAGUUAAAGAAUUAGUGUUAUUGUGGAUAGACACACUGCCAGUAAAACAGUGUGUAGGUUUGUAAAGUCAUUACAAUGUUCAUUCACACACUUCACCUGCAAACCUCAACAAACACUAAAUACUAGCAGAUGUGCACACUGCAACACCCAACAAUGUUCUGUGUGUGUGUGUGUGAGUGUGUGUGAUAGAUAUAAGCUGUUGAGGUUUCUAAAUGUCCAUAUGCUCUGAUUCUGUGGCACAGUAGGACAGUAAGACUCUCCAGCUAACUUUAGAUGUGCCACUUACGGGAUUGUUCACUUCAAAGGGAGCUCCUCCUGUUAAAUGGAGGAUUUGUGGCCUUGUUGCAUCUUAAUAACUGGCAGAGUGUGUGCAGGAAAAGAACAGAGACUUGCCAUAUGUUUCACUGUGCUGAGCUUUCAUGAGGGGAUGUCUGCUCACAGCGAGAUAACGCAGACUGCACCAUAGCUUAUCAUGAGCUACCGUAUGACAUGAAGAGAACCGUACAGGCAAGGUCUGGCUUUGUAAAGCAGUCCAAGACAAAAAGUAGGUGAAAAUUCAAAAAGCCUUUGUUGAGCUGUUGCUAGACGAAGGCCAAAACUCCCAAUGGACCAUCGGAGUUGCCAUGUCAGUGUGCUGUAGACAUUUUAUUAAAGCUGAUUUAGGCAGACCUUCUUAGUUUGGUAGUUUCAGAUUCCCAAAUAGAACCUGAUAUUGUGUUUUGCACUUGGUCCUUAAUUCAUUUUGCAUUGCUACAUAAGUUGCUGUAAAUCUAAUAUGAUUCGCGUGAUGCUGUGCUUUUAUUCAUUGUAGAUGAGAUGUGCAAUAAUUCAACUAUAGUGUUUGCUGUGAACGGACCGAGAGGAUGAGACUGAUUGAAAUCAUGACAUGGAUUUGUAUCAAAAAGCAUUUCUAGUCUGUCUGUGCUUAAAUUAAUGUGUUGACUGUCCACUGUUUUUGUUACAUUAACAAAAGAGUAACAGCAUCUAUGGCAAGUUGUGUGAUGCUGAAUGUAUGAGAGGUUGAAAUGUGUGAAUAGAGUUACAGUCUGUACUUUCGUACUCAAAUAAACCAGGCCUUAUUUAGUAAACUUAUG